AUGAGCCUCAAGUGUGUCGUGAUCGGCGCGGGCCCGGUGGGCGCUCUUGCAGCUCUCUACGCCGCCCGGCGAGGGUGGGAAGUCGAGAUUUACGACUUGCGGCCAGGUGAGCAGCCAUUGCCACAGCCACUCCGAACCACUCACUCACGUCGUAGAUCUGCGAGAGCCGUCGACGACACCCUUGAACUUCACCAAAUCAAUCAACUUAGCCCUGUCGGAACGCGGCAUCAAUGCCUUGCGUCAAUCUGACUCCCCCAAGUUGCUGGAGGCCAUCUUGGCGGAGACCAUUCCUAUGUACGGCCGCAUGAUCCACGGCCAGGACUCUCAGGGCGGCUUGACCGAGAAUGCUCAGCAAUACGAUGUCCACGGCCGUGCAAUCCUGGCCGUGGAUCGAGGCGAUCUCAAUGCACGCCUACUAGACGAAUUGGAGAGUCUUCCCAACGUCAAGCUUCGUUUCAACCACAAGCUGACUGGUGUGGACUUCCGGCGACGCUUGGCCUGGUUGGAGCAGAAGGCAACGUCUAGGAGACAGAGCGGAAGCUCCGACGAUGGCUUGCGGCGUAGCGGGCGACCUGGUAGACAGGACGAGAUCGAAAUCGACUUUGAUCUCGUCAUUGGUUGCGACGGUGCGCAUAGCAGCGUUCGCUUUCACAUGAUGAAGUUCGUGCGCCUGGACUACCAGCAAAACUAUAUUGACACCUUGUGGUGUGAGUUUAACAUUCCGCCGGCACGGGGAGACACGAGCAAGACAGCAUCCGCGAGAGACGGCUUCGCUACGAGCCCAAACCACCUUCACAUCUGGCCUGGCAGCGACAAGAUGUUCAUUGCCAUCCCUAGCGUCGACAAGAGCUUCACGUCUACGCUAUUUGCGUCUGCGGAUGAUUUUGCGGCUCUCGAGGCGGAUCCAAAGCAGGUCGAGCUCUUCUUCAAUAAGCAUUUCCCGGGCACGGUCGAUCUCAUUGGGCCAAGUGAGGUCCAGAAGCAAUUCGAGGAGAAUCCACACCUACCGCUUGUCAGUCUGAAGUGCUCACCCCACUACUUCGACUCCAGCGGAGUAAUCCUGGGCGACGCGGCGCAUGCGAUGGUGCCAUUCUAUGGUCAGGGCAUGAAUGCUGGUCUCGAGGAUGUGCGUGUUCUGUUCGCCCAUCUCGACUCGCAGUCCACCACUGCAGAAGGACGUGGCAAGGCACUUGCAUCUUACAACGCCGAGCGCAUCCCGGAUGCGCACGCCAUCAACGACUUUUCUCUCGGCAACUUCUGGGACAUGCGUGUAGGCGUGCGCUCCCCGCUUGUUCUGCUGCGCAAGAAGAUCGAGGAAUUCCUUUCCGACAAGCUGCCAAGCUCUGGCUUUGCGACACAGUAUAGCAGAGUCAGCUUCAGCAAUCAGAGAUACUCGGAAGUGGCGAGGGUGGUAACGAGGCAGAAGCAGGUACUGCUUGAGGGCAUCGUGGGAUCUGCUCUGCUUCCUGUGGUCGGCUGCGCUGCAUGGUAUGUCUGGAGAUGGCACAAAGGCCAUGGGGCACCCAAUGUCUUGGCAGGUAUUCGCUUCUUCACAGAACGUAUUGGGCGUAUGUUUACAUUUGGCGGGUCCCAUCGUUGA